AUGGAGGUGCGGGAUAGUCUCGAGAUUGCACAUACUGCGGAGUAUUUGAAUUUCCUUAAAUGUUACUUCAGGGCGUUUUCGGUUAUACUGUUACAAAUUACAAAACCGCAGUUUGUAGACAAUCCUGAGCAUAAGUUACGUAACAUUGUUGUGGAGAUUCUGAAUCGUUUACCGCAUAGUGAGGUUCUUCGGCCAUUUGUUCAGGAUCUUUUGAAAGUUGCAAUGCAAGUGCUUACUACAGAUAAUGAAGAAAAUGGGUUGAUAUGCAUUCGUAUUAUUUUUGAUCUUCUUAGGAAUUUUAGGCCAACAUUAGAAAAUGAGGUUCAGCCGUUUUUAGAUUUUGUAUGUAAGAUCUACCAGAAUUUUAGAUUGACUGUUAGCCAUUUCUUUGAUAACACAAGUGUGGCUGUAGAGGACGUGAAGCCAAUGGAAAUUUCUACUUCUUCAGAUCAAGGGCUUUUGAGUACUGGACAUGUUGGGAAUGGCCUGCUUAAUCCUAGUACUCGUUCAUUUAAGAUAGUUACCGAGAGUCCACUUGUGGUUAUGUUUCUGUUCCAAUUGUAUAGCCGACUUGUACAAACUAAUAUUCCUCACUUGUUGCCUUUGAUGGUUGCUGCAAUAUCUGUCCCAGGCCCUGACAAGGUUCCUCCCCAUUUGAAAACUAACUUCAUUGAGCUGAAGGGUGCACAGGUUAAGCAUGACUGCAGAAACAAUGUUGUUGUUGAAGUUCCUGCAAAUAAGUUAAAAUCUUUUUGUUGUGGGCUUGUGAAACCACUUGAAGGAGUUUCGAGUUUUGCUUUUAGAUUUGUAUUUGAGGAUAUGAAGGCACAGUGGGGUUCUGGUUGUAAGGAUCCAACUUGUGACCUCUUUAGUGCUAGAGCUUAUAAAAUGUCACGCACCUCUUUAGUUGAACACAGUAAAAACCUUAUUCACAAAAACUCUUAUGUGCCUCUGCAUGACUGCAGAAACAAUCAUGUUGUUGAAGUUCCUGCAAAUAAGUUAAAAUCUUUUUGUUGUGGGCUUGUGAAACCACUUGAAGGAGUUUCGAGUUUUGCUUGUAGAUUUGUAUUUGAGGAUAUGAAGGCACAAUGGGGUUCUGGGUGUAAGGAUCCAACUUAUGACCUCUUUAGUGCUAGAGCUUAUAAAAUGUCACGCAACUCUUUAACAGUUUCCUUCUUAACGUACCUGUUAAAGAGUUUCGCUGACUAUAUUAGACCACAUGAAGAAAGCAUAUGUAAAAGCAUUGUGAAUUUGCUUGUUACAUGCUCGGACUCUGUGUCCAUAAGAAAGGAACUGCUAGUUGCCUUGAAGCAUGUUCUGGGAACAGAUUUCAAGAGGGGUUUAUUUCCUUUAAUCGACACACUUUUAGAAGAGAGGGUUCUAGUUGGAACCGGUCGAGCAUGCUAUGAAACUCUGAGGCCAUUGGCCUAUAGCCUACUAGCUGAGAUUGUCCAUCAUGUCCGGAGUGACCUUUCCUUAUCGCAGGUAGAGCCAAUUUUUGAUAAAGGAUUGGACCAAUCAACCAUGGAUGAAGCUCGGAUUUUACUGGGGCGUAUUUUGGAUGCUUUUGUUGGCAAAUUUAGCACUUUCAAGCGCACAAUUCCGCAGCUGUUGGAGGAGGGUGAGGAGGGAAAGGAGCGUGCUACGUUGAGGUCAAAGCUUGAACUCCCUGUGCAGGUUGCUCUGGGACUUUCUGCAGUUUUGAAUUUGCAAGUUCCGGUGGAACAUUCCAAGGAAGUCAGUGAUUGUAAGAAUCUGAUCAAGACCUUAGUUAUGGGAAUGAAGACUAUUAUAUGGAGCAUCACUCAUGCACAUUUGCCACGAUCACAGGUCUCUCCUUCCACACACGGAACACACUCUCAAGUGCUUGUUUCACCAUCAUCUAACUUACCAGCUACUCAAGCAUUCAAAGGGAUGAGAGAAGAUGAGGUGUGGAAAGCCUCAGGUGUCUUGAAGAGUGGGGUGCAUUGUUUAGCCCUUUUUAAGGAGAAGGAUGAGGAGAGGGACAUGCUUAACCUCUUUUCCCAGAUACUGUCUGUUGUGGAACCCCGAGAUCUUAUGGACAUGUUCUCAUUGUGUAUGCCUGAACUUUUUGAAUGCAUGAUUAGCAAUACUCAACUGGUUCACAUAUUUUCUUCACUCUUGCAAUCUUCGAAAGUAUAUCGGCCGUUUGCAGAUGUCUUGGUUAACUUUCUUGUAAGCAGCAAACUUGAUGUUUUGAAGAACCCAGAUUCACCUUCAGCUAAACUGGUUUUGCAUCUCUUUCGGUUUAUAUUUGGUGCUGUUGCUAAAGCACCUGCAGAUUUUGAACGUAUUUUGCAGCCUCAUGUCCUUGUUAUAAUGGAAGUUUGCAUGAAGAAUGCUACAGAAGUUGAAAAACCUCUUGGUUACAUGCAGCUUCUUCGAACUAUGUUUAAGGCUCUCGCUGGAUGUAAAUUUGAGCUUCUUCUGCGGGACUUGAUUCCAAUGUUGCAGCCCUGCCUGAAUAUGUUAUUAACAAUGCUCGAGGGUCCAACUGGUGAAGAUAUGAGGGACCUUUUACUUGAACUAUGCUUAACAUUGCCUGCACGCUUAAGCUCAUUGCUGCCACACCUUCCACGUCUUAUGAGACCUCUUGUUUUGUGUCUGAAGGGAAGUGAUGACCUAGUGAGUUUAGGUUUAAGAACACUCGAAUUUUGGGUUGAUAGUUUGAAUCCUGAUUUCCUGGAACCUAGUAUGGCUAAUGUCAUGUCAGAGGUGAUUUUGUCCUUAUGGUCUCACUUGAGGCCUGCACCUUAUCCCUGGGGUGGAAAAGCUUUGCAACUCCUUGGCAAGUUAGGUGGCCGCAACAGACGUUUUCUUAAAGAGCCCCUUGCACUUGAGUGCAAGGAUAACCCAGAGCAUGGGCUUCGUCUUAUACUUACAUUUGAGCCCUCAACUCCAUUUUUGGUGCCUUUGGAUAGAUGCAUAAAUCUUGCUGUAGCAGCUAUCAUAAACAAAAACAGUGGCAUGGAUGCUUUCUACCGAAAACAGGCUUUGAAGUUCCUCCGUGUUUGCUUGUCAUCUCAGCUUAAUUUGCCCGGUAAUGUUUCUGAUGAGGGAUAUACAGCCAGUCAGUUGUCAAGCUUGUUAGUUUCUGCAGCUGAUUCAUCCUGGCGUAGGUCUGAGACAUCAGAUAUAAAGGCUGAUCUAGGCGUGAAGACAAAAACCCAGCUUAUGGCUGAGAAGUCAGUUUUCAAGAUUCUGUUGAUGACCAUAAUUGCUUCCAGUGCUGAACCAGAUCUGCAUGAUCCCAAAGAUGAUUUUCUUGUCAAUGUUUGCCGUCAUUUUGCUAUGAUAUUUCAUAUAGAUUAUACCUCUAAUAACCCUUCCAUUCCAACUGCUGCUCUUGGUGGGCCUAUGGUUUCAUCAAUUGCUAGUGUCAGUUCCAGGUCAAAGACUAGCACUAAUCUGAAAGAGUUGGAUCCUUUAAUAUUCUUGGAUGCUUUGGUUGAUGUGCUAGCUGAUGAAAAUAGGGUCCAUGCCAAAGCUGCUCUAGGUGCUUUGAAUGUUUUUGCUGAAACACUUCUCUUCCUUGCUCGCUCAAAACAUGGUGAUGUGCUGAUGUCAAGAGGAGGCCCUGGUACACCUAUGAUCGUGUCCAGUCCAUCAAUGAAUCCUGUAUAUUCCCCACCCCCAAGUGUUCGCAUCCCAGUUUUUGAGCAACUUCUACCACGUCUUUUGCAUUGUUGCUAUGGAACUACAUGGCAAGCACAGAUGGGAGGUGUUAUGGGACUUGGAGCUCUGGUGGGGAAGGUCACUGUCGAGACUUUGUGCCACUUCCAAGUAAGAAUUGUGCGGGGUCUGGUCUAUGUACUUAAAAGACUUCCUCCUUAUGCAAGCAAAGAGCAGGAAGAGACUAGUCAAGUGCUUACACAGGUUCUCCGUGUGGUGAAUAAUGUAGAUGAAGCAAACAGUGAACCUCGCAGAAAAAGUUUUCAAGGGGUAGUUGAUUUUCUCGCUUCAGAAUUGUUCAAUCCCAAUGCAUCUAUUAUUGUAAGAAAGAAUGUGCAAUCAUGUUUAGCACUGUUGGCUAGUAGGACUGGCAGUGAGGUAUCGGAAUUGCUUGAGCCUUUGUACCAGCCCUUGCUUCAGCCUCUUAUCACACGGCCACUCAGGUCAAAGACUGUUGAUCAACAGGUUGGGAUAGUUACUGCUCUGAAUUUUUGCCUGGCCUUGAGGCCCCCUCUUCUCAAGUUGACUCAAGAGCUGGUUAACUUUCUGCAAGAAGCAUUGCAAAUAGCAGAGGCUGAUGAAAAUGCAUGGGCUGUUAAGUUUAUGAACCCCAAGUAUGCCUUGUCAUUAAAUAAGCUUCGAACAGCUUGCAUUGAGCUACUCUGUACUGCUAUGGCAUGGGCUGAUUUCAAGACUCAAAAUCAUUCUGAAUUGCGUGCAAAGAUCAUUUCCAUGUUCUUCAAGUCUUUGACUUGUCGGACACCAGAAAUUGUUGCUGUUGCCAAGGAGGGUUUACGCCAGCAAGAUUUAGGAACAAGAAUGCAUUCUACAGAACCCAGGUUGAAUUCAAUGGAAACAUCUAUUCCUGCCAGGUUCGAUAAGGUGCAAGCAGCAUCAGAUAGGCUGACAAAGGCUAUCCUGAGCAAUUAUUCUGUAGAAACAGCCACCAAACCUCUCAUAGCACAACUUAUUUUUGUUGACCAGAAAAAUCUGGAAUUGCUUUCCAAAAGGAAGAUUAAACAAGAAACGAGGGAAUUUCAGAUUGACAAUACUGUGGAGAGCGAAAGAGAAGAAAAGGAAUUUUCUAAUCAGGUUAUUACAAACCCUAAAGAGCUAUGUUUUACCCUUGAUGGAGUUGAACUAAAGAAGAAACACAUUGAGCACAAUGUUAAUGAAAGUAAAGAUAGCAAGGAGAAAGUGGUUAUUAAUCAGCAAAGAAUGCCCAAAGAACUUCUGCAGAGCAGCCUCAGGCCUAUUCUAGUUAACUUGGCACACACCAAGAAUCUUAGCAUGCCUCUUCUGCAAGGUCUGGCCCGCCUGCUUGAACUUUUGUCUAAUUGGUUUAAUGUUACCUUGGGUGGUAAGCUGUUGGAGCACCUUAAGAAAUGGUUGGAACCUGAAAAGCUUGCCCAGAGUCAGAAGGCAUGGAAGGCUGGCGAAGAGCCAAAAAUUGCAGCAGCUAUCAUUGAGCUAUUCCACUUACUUCCCCAUGCUGCAUCAAAGUUUCUUGAUGAACUUGUGACCUUGACUAUUGAUUUGGAAGGGGCACUUCCUCCUGGACAAGUAUACAGUGAAAUUAACAGUCCAUAUCGCCUACCUCUUACAAAAUUUUUAAAUCGAUAUGCAGCACUUGCUGUUGAUUAUUUUCUUGCUCGAUUAAGUGAUCCAAAAUACUUCAGGCGGUUCAUGUACAUUAUAAGAUCAGAUGCCGGUCAACCAUUGAGAGAUGAACUGGCUAAGUCACCACAGAAGAUACUUGCAAGUGCCUUUCCUGAAUUUCUGCCAAAUUCAGACGUGGAGAUGACUCCUGGUGCUUCAACUCCACCUUCUGCUUUGUUGGGUGAUGAAAGCCUUGGUGCCCCUCUGGCCGGUAGUGCCAAUAUACCAUCUGUUCCCCCUGGUGCAACUUCAGAUGCUUAUUUUCAAGGUCUUGCACUUAUUAAAAUGCUGGUCAAAUUGAUACCGGGCUGGCUGCAGAGCAAUCGUCUUGUUUUUGAUACCUUGGUACUAGUAUGGAAGUCACCUGCUAGAAUAUCCCGUUUGCACAAUGAACAAGAGCUGAACUUAGUGCAAGUUAAAGAAAGCAAAUGGCUUGUCAAAUGCUUCCUGAAUUACUUACGUCAUGACAAAACAGAAGUUAAUGUUCUGUUUGAUAUCCUCUCCAUCUUCUUAUUUCACAGUCGCAUUGACUACACUUUUUUGAAGGAGUUUUAUAUUAUUGAGGUUGCAGAAGGAUAUUCACCCAACAUGAAGAGAGCGCUCCUCUUACAUUUUCUUAACCUUUUCCAAUCAAAACAACUUGGUCAUGAGCACUUGGUGGUUGUCAUGCAAAUGCUCAUUCUUCCAAUGCUUGCUCAUGCUUUCCAGAAUGGCCAAAGUUGGGAGGUUGUUGACCCGGGUAUUAUAAAAACCAUUGUUGACAAACUUCUUGAUCCACCGGAAGAGGUUUCUGCAGAAUAUGAUGAGCCUUUGAGGAUAGAACUCUUGCAGCUUGCCACUUUACUACUAAAAUAUCUCCAAAAUGACCUUGUUAAUCAUCGGAAAGAGCUCAUUAAAUUUGGCUGGAAUCAUCUCAAACGUGAGGACAGUGCUAGUAAGCAGUGGGCGUUUGUCAACGUUUGCCAUUUCUUGGAAGCCUAUCAGGCCCCAGAAAAAAUUAUACUUCAGGUCUUUGUUGCACUUCUCAGAACUUGCCAGCCAGAAAAUAAACUGCUGGUCAAGCAGGCUCUUGAUAUACUGAUGCCAGCAUUACCACGGAGGUUGCCUCUUGGCGAUUCUCGCAUGCCAAUUUGGAUACGAUACACAAAAAAAAUUCUGGUUGAGGAAGGUCACUCGAUUCCUAAUUUGAUUCACAUUUUCCAGCUUAUUGUCCGCCAUUCAGAUCUCUUCUACAGCUGCAGGGCACAGUUUGUACCCCAAAUGGUCAAUUCUCUCAGUCGACUUGGGCUGCCAUACAACACAACAACAGAAAACAGGCGCCUUGCCAUAGAACUUGCUGGAUUGGUGGUUGGCUGGGAAAGGCAAAGGCAAAAUGAAAUGAAAGUUGUGACUGAUAGUGAUGUCCCCAGUCAGUCUAGUGAUGGAUUUAACCCUGGGUCUGCUGGUACAGAUCCCAAGCGUGCUGUGGAUGGAUCUACCUUCCCUGAAGAUGCAAGUAAGAGAGUUAAAGUUGAGCCUGGUCUUCAAUCCAUUUGUGCCAUGUCACCUGGUGGUGCCUCCUCAAUCCCUAAUAUAGAAACACCUGGACCUGGUGGCCAACCUGAUGAAGAAUUCAAGCCUAAUGCUGCUAUGGAAGAAAUGAUUAUCAAUUUUCUUAUAAGAGUUGCCUUGGUCAUAGAGCCUAAGGACAAGGAAGCUACUACUAUGUACAAACAAGCCUUGGAGCUACUUUCGCAAGCUUUGGAGGUGUGGCCCAAUGCCAAUGUCAAGUUCAAUUAUUUAGAAAAAUUGCUCAACAGCAUGCAACCAUCACAGUCAAAAGACCCUUCUACAGCUCUUGCUCAGGGCUUGGAUGUCAUGAAUAAGGUCUUGGAGAAGCAACCUCAGUUGUUCAUUAGAAAUAACAUCAACCAGAUCUCUCAGAUUCUAGAACCCUGUUUCAAACAGAAAAUGCUAGAUGCUGGAAAGUCAUUGUGCUCUCUGUUGAAGAUGGUCUUCGUGGCUUUUCCACCAGAUGCUGCCAGUACACCAUCUGAUGUGAAGCUAUUGUAUCAGAAGGUCGAUGACUUGAUACAGAAGCACAUUGAGUUUGUUACUUCCCCUCAGACAUCGGGUGAGGAUACGUCUGUUAGUUCGAUUUCCUUUGUACUCCUUGUCAUCAAAACCCUGACAGAGGUGGGGAAGCACAUUGAACCACCCAUCUUGGUUCGUAUCCUUCAACGCCUAGCACGUGAUAUGGGAUCGUCAGCAGGUUCUCAUAUGAGACAAGGUCAACGAACUGAUCCAGAUUCGGCGGUCUCUUCUUCUCGUCAAGGUGCUGAUCUUGGAGCAGUCAUCUCUAAUUUAAAAUCUGUGCUGAAGCUUAUUAGCGAAAAAGUGAUGGUUGUUCCUGAUUGCAAACGGUCUGUAACUCAAAUCUUGAAUGCCUUGCUUUCAGAGAAAGGCACUGAUGCUAGUGUGCUUCUUUGCAUAUUAGAUGUGAUAAAAGGGUGGAUUGAAGAUGAUUUCUGCAAACCUGGAAGAGUCACUUCAAGCAGUUUUAUUAGUCCUAAGGAAAUAGUCUCUUUUCUUCAAAAGCUUUCACAAGUUGAUAAGCUAAACUUCAGCCCUGAUGCUCUUGAAGAGUGGGACAGGAAAUAUCUUCAGCUUCUUUUUGGAAUUUGUGCUGAUUCAAAGUAUCAAUUUGCCCUACGUCAGGAGGUGUUUCAGAAGGUGGAAAGGCAAUGCAUGCUUGGUUUACGAGCAAGAGAUCCUGACAUUAGGAAGAAAUUUUUUUCGCUUUAUCAUGAGUCUCUUGUGAAAUCGUUGUUUACAAGGCUGCAGUAUAUUAUCCAAGGUCAGGACUGGGAAGCUUUAAGUGAUGUUUUCUGGCUCAAACAGGGCCUUGAUCUUCUUCUGGCAAUCUUAGUUGAGGACAAACCAAUCACACUUGCCCCUAAUUCUGCCAGGGUUCAGCCAGUUGUGGUCUCAAGUUCUCUUCCAGAUAGCUCUGGGUUGCAGCAACAGGUUGCUGAUGUUCCAGAGGGUUCCGACGACGCUCCUCUCACUUUUGAUAGUCUAGUUCUUAAGCAUGCCCAGUUUCUGAAUGAGAUGAACAAACUUCAGGUGGCUGAUCUGGUCAUUCCAUUAAGAGAGCUGGCCCAUACAGAUGCAAAUGUUGCAUACCAUUUGUGGGUGCUGGUAUUUCCCAUUGUCUGGGUGACCCUGCACAAAGAAGAACAAGUUACAUUAGCUAAACCAAUGAUCACUCUCUUAUCAAAAGAUUAUCACAAGAAGCAGCAAGCCAGCAGACCAAAUGUGGUGCAAGCACUUCUAGAAGGUCUUCAGCUGAGCCACCCACAACCUCGGAUGCCAAGUGAACUCAUUAAGUACAUUGGAAAAACAUAUAAUGCAUGGCACAUUGCAUUGGCAUUGUUAGAAAGUCAUGUCAUGCUAUUCAUGAAUGAGACAAAGUGUUCCGAGUCACUAGCUGAGCUUUAUCGUUUGCUCAAUGAAGAAGAUAUGAGAUGUGGGCUGUGGAAAAAGAGGUCAAUCACUGCAGAAACAAGAGCUGGACUUUCACUAGUUCAGCAUGGUUACUGGCAGCGUGCCCAAAGCCUCUUUUACCAAGCCAUGGUUAAGGCAACUCAAGGCACAUACAAUAACACAGUCCCUAAGGCUGAGAUGUGUCUCUGGGAAGAGCAGUGGCUUUACUGUGCUAGUCAAUUGAGUCAGUGGGAUGCAUUGGUUGACUUUGGUAAAAGUAUUGAGAAUUAUGAAAUUCUUCUUGAUAGCCUCUGGAAAUUGCCUGAUUGGGCAUAUAUGAAGGAUCAUGUCAUCCCCAAGGCUCAGGUAGAAGAAACUCCAAAACUCCGUCUAAUUCAAGCCUUUUUUGCUCUACAUGAUAGAAAUACAAAUGGUGUUGGGGAUGCAGAAAACAUAGUGGGAAAAGGGGUUGAUCUUGCUUUAGAACAGUGGUGGCAGUUGCCUGAAAUGUCUGUACAUUCCAGGAUUCCUCUUUUGCAGCAAUUCCAGCAGUUGGUUGAAGUUCAAGAAUCUGCUCGAAUUCUUGUGGACAUUGCAAAUGGAAACAAACUUUCUAGCACUUCUGUUGGUGUGCAUGGUAACCUCUAUGCAGAUCUCAAGGACAUUCUUGAAACUUGGAGACUGAGAACCCCAAAUGAAUGGGAUAACAUGUCUGUCUGGUAUGAUCUGCUCCAGUGGCGGAAUGAAAUGUAUAAUUCUGUAAUCGAUGCGUUCAAGGAUUUUGGCACAGCAAAUCCACAACUACAUCACCUUGGUUUUCGAGACAAAGCGUGGAAUGUGAAUAAGCUUGCUCAUAUUGCUCGUAAGCAAGGCCUUUAUGAUGUUUGUGUGACAAUUCUUGAAAAGAUGUAUGGUCAUUCAACCAUGGAAGUGCAGGAAGCCUUUGUUAAGAUAAGAGAGCAGGCAAAGGCUUAUCUUGAGAUGAAGGGAGAGCUUACAAGCGGUCUCAAUUUGAUUAACAGCACAAAUCUGGAAUAUUUUCCUGUGAAACACAAAGCUGAAAUUUUUCGCCUUAGAGGGGAUUUUUUUUCGAAGAUAAAUGACACGGAAGGUGCUAAUCUUGCAUACUCCAAUGCCAUCAGCCUUUUCAAGAACUUGCCUAAAGGAUGGAUAAGCUGGGGGAAUUAUUGUGAUAUGGCUUACAGAGAUAAUCAGGAAGAAAUUUGGCUGGAAUAUGCUGUUAGCUGCUUUCUUCAAGGCAUCAAAUUUGGUGUUUCCAAUUCCAGAAACCAUCUAGCUCGGGUGCUAUAUCUUCUCAGCUUCGAUACUCCCAGUGAAUCUGUGGGGAGAGCAUUUGAUAAAUACUUGGAGCAAAUACCUCACUGGGUUUGGCUUUCGUGGAUUCCGCAGCUGUUACUUUCUUUGCAGAGGACUGAGGCACCUCAUUGCAAACUUGUUCUACUGAAAAUUGCCACUGUGUAUCCACAGGCUCUGUAUUACUGGCUCCGCACAUAUUUGCUUGAGCGUCGUGAUGUUGCAAAUAAAUCUGAACUAGGUAGAUUGGCAAUGGCUCACCAAAGAAUGCAGCAAGCAUCUGCUGUUGGGGCUGGCUCUCUUGGAUUGGCUGAUGGAAAUGCCAGAGUGCAGAGUCAAGGAAACAGCAGUGCCUUAGCCACAGAUAAUCCAGUUCAUCAAGGCACUCAAUCUGGUGGUGGGAUUGGAUCUCAUGAUGGUGGAAACACUCAUGGGCAAGAACCUGAAAGAUCCACAGCAGUCGAAAGCAGUGUGCAUGCAGGGAAUGAUCAACCUUUACAACAAAGUUCAUCAAUGAUCAGUGAAAGUGGUCAGAAUGCAGUGAGGCGUAAUGGUGCAUUGGGCUUUGUCGCCUCUGCUGCCAGUGCUUUUGAAGCUGCAAAGGAGAUAAUGGAGGCUCUUAGAAGCAAACACAGUAAUUUGGCUGGUGAACUUGAGAUUCUGCUCACAGAAAUUGGUUCCCGGUUUGUGACUCUGCCAGAGGAGAGACUUCUUGCAGUGGUUAAUGCACUGCUCCACCGCUGCUACAAGUACCCAACUGCCACUACAGGAGAGGUUCCCCAAUCUCUCAAGAAAGAACUCUCUGGCGUUUGCAGGGCUUGCUUCUCUGCUGAUGCUGUGAACAAGCAUGUUGAUUUUGUUAGAGACUACAAGCAGGAUUUUGAGCGUGAUCUUGAUCCCGAAAGUACAGAUACUUUCCCUGCCACUCUUUCUGAACUGACUGCUCGAUUGAAACAUUGGAAAAAUGUUCUACAGAGCAAUGUCGAGGACAGGUUUCCAACUGUUUUAAAGCUUGAAGAAGAAAGCAGGGUGCUGCGUGACUUCCAUGUUGUUGAUGUAGAGGUUCCAGGACAGUAUUUUUGUGAUCAGGAAAUUGCACCAGACCACACAGUUAAGUUAGACAGGGUUGGAGCUGAUAUUCCAAUUGUUCGAAGGCAUGGAAGCAGCUUCAGGCGUCUGACUCUAAUCGGCUCUGAUGGCUCUCAACGUCAUUUUAUUGUCCAGACAUCCUUGACCCCUAACGCAAGAAGUGAUGAACGAAUAUUGCAGCUUUUCCGUGUGAUGAACCAGAUGUUUGAUAAGCACAAAGAAUCAAGACGUCGUCAUAUAUGCAUUCACACUCCAAUCAUCAUUCCUGUUUGGUCCCAGGUCCGCAUGGUUGAAGAUGAUUUAAUGUAUAGCACUUUUCUUGAAGUGUAUGAGAACCAUUGUGCAAGGAAUGACAGAGAAGCAGAUCUUCCGAUCACCUACUUCAAGGAGCAACUAAACCAAGCUAUAUCUGGCCAAAUCUCUCCUGAAGCUGUUGUGGAUCUUCGCCUUCAAGCUUAUAGUGAGAUAACUAAGACUUACGUUUCUGAUGGCAUCUUUUCCCAGUAUAUGUACAAGACUCUGCUCAGUGGCAAUCAUAUGUGGGCUUUUAAAAAGCAAUUUGCAAUCCAGUUAGCACUUUCAAGUUUCAUGUCUUUCAUGCUGCAAAUUGGAGGAAGGUCUCCAAAUAAGAUAUUGUUUGCUAAAAACACCGGCAAAAUUUUCCAGACAGAUUUUCACCCUGCAUAUGAUGCAAAUGGCAUGAUUGAGUUUAAUGAACCAGUUCCUUUUCGGCUAACAAGGAACAUGCAGGCAUUCUUUUCCCAUUUCGGAGUUGAAGGUCUUAUUGUUUCUGCCAUGUGUGCUGCAGCACAGGCUGUGGUUUCACCUAAGCAAAGUCAACAUUUAUGGCAUCAACUAGCCAUGUUUUUCCGUGAUGAGCUUCUGUCUUGGUCUUGGAGAAGACCGCUUGGAUUGAAUCUGGGACCUGCUGCCGGAGGGAGUAGUAUGAAUCCUGCUGAUUUCAAGCAUAAGGUCACCACCAACGUUGAUCAUGUCAUCAGUCGUAUCACUGGAAUUGCCCCGCAGUUUCUCUCUGAAGAGGAGGAAAAUGCUGUUGAUCCGCCACAGUCAGUGCAGAGGGGUGUGACUGAGUUGGUUGAAGCUGCUUUGACACCAAGGAACUUGUGCAUGAUGGAUCCAACAUGGCAUCCCUGGUUUUAA